AUGCGGUCUCAAUUUUCGAAGCAAAUGUCUUCGGCGGGAGGAGAGGAGAUUGGCCAAUUAUCAAGGAACGAGCUGGAUGAUGUCAAUCUCGCGCGCAUGGGAAAACGUCCUGUCUUGAAACGCAAUUUCGGGUUGAUGUCAAUGCUGGGUUUCAGUUGUACAAUUCUGAUUACCUGGGAGGGAAUUGUCGUGUUAUUCUUGCAAGCAUACCAAAAUGGAGGUCCAGCUGGAGCCGUUUAUGGCUUCCUUUUUGUUUGGGCUGGUGUCGCAGGUACCUUUGUGGUUCUAUCGGAGUUGGCAUCAAUGGCACCGACAUCUGGAGGCCAGUAUCAUUGGACAUCCAUGCUAGCACCGCGAUCGUGCAUGAAACUCAUGAGCUACCUGACAGGUUGGCUUACAGUUAUCGGGUGGCAAGCCACGUUUGCAACCUCAUGCUAUUUGGUCGGCACCUUGAUUCAAGGCCUGGUCGUGCUCACGAACAGUAAAUAUGAGCCCCAAAACUGGCAUGGAACGCUUAUAUUCUGGGCGGUUGUGGCAUUUUCGGUCGCCAUAAACAGUGUUGGCGGCAAAGUGCUUCCUCGAUUUGAGGGCAUGAUCUUGAUCCUCCACAUUCUUGGCUUCUUCGCCAUUCUCAUCCCCUUAACUUACAUGGCCGAUCAUGGAACCUCCAAGGAGGUCUUUACCCAGUUUCUCAACAUGGGGGAGUUCCCGUCCCAAGGACUGUCAUUCUUUGUAGGAAUGGUUGGCUGCAUCUUUGCGUUUGCCGGUGGUGAUGCCGCGGUUCAUAUGUCAGAAGAAAUCACAAACGCCGCCGUCGCCGUCCCAACUUCGAUCAUGCUAAGUGUCUUGAUCAAUGGAUCCUUAGGUUUCGGCAUGUUGAUUGCCAUGCUGUUCUGUAGCGGGGAUCUUGGAUCCGCCCUGGAAUCACCCACUGGGUACCCCUUCCUGGCAAUCUUUUUGGAGGCGACAGGAUCCAUAGCUGGAACAGCAAUGAUGGGCUCGAUCGUUACCACCAUGGGCGCCACCACAUCAGUCGGCAUGUUGGCGUCCACAUCGCGCCAGUUCUGGUCCUUCGCUAGAGACCGUGGAAUUCCGGGCUGGCGAUUGUGGAGCCAGGUCACCGAGCGCUCUGCCGUCCCCUUAUACUCCGUUUUGAUGACAUCCGUGAUUGCAUGUCUCCUCGCGCUCAUCAACAUUGGCUCCUCGGUCGCCUUCAACGAUCUCUGCUCCAUGUCGAUCUCCGGUCUCUACCUGUCGUACAUGGUGGUUGGGGGUCUUCUUCUCUGGCGUCGUUGCACGGGCGGGAUCAGCUCUGUUCGCAGUAGCGAUUCCGCUAUCAUCAACACCGCCGGCGCGAAGCUCGUCUGGGGCCCAUUCCAUGUGCCAGGAAUUUUCGGUAUUCUUAUCAAUACCUGGGCUUUGAUUUAUAUGACCAUUGCUGUCUUCUUUAGCUUUUGGCCACCGUCUUGGGUGGUCACUGUUCAAACUAUGAACUUUAGUGUCGUUGGGACGAUGGGUACCAUCAUGCUCAGUCUUUUCUACUACUAUGCUCGUGCGAGAAAGGUCUAUGAUGGACCUAUCAUGGAGCGUACCCUGUAA